AUAUACAAUCUCCGUCGCUCGCAAGGAGCACAGUCCACGAAGAUAUUUGCAAAGUGAAGUCGCGCCCUUGCCGCGCCGAAAGUCAAAAACCUGUAGACCUGGGCUGAUAGAAUCUGCAUAGUCCCGACAUCCGCUGACCGCAGCAGAGGAUCGCCUUGAUGGAGGGUGUGGAGUGGUGCCCGAGAGAGCUGGUGCUGUCGGCGCUGGCGGUGCUGGUGGUACUGUGGGUGUGCUACUACAGGCACUACAUCUACUGGAGCACCAGGGACGUGCCGCAGCUCUGGCCCUGGACGCCGUUUGGCAACACCCGCAAGAGCAUUCUCGGCACCCAGAGUUUCGCCAAUGAUCUCGACGAGAUGUACCAACAGUUCAGAGAUAAGCGUUACGUAGGGAUUUAUCGCAAACGGACUCCCAGCUUGCUAGUCAUCGAUCCAGAACUCAUUCGUCAAGUAUUCGUCAAAGACUUUGAUUUCUUCAUGGACCGAGAACGUCUCCCCUUCAAGGAACCGGUACUGGAGAAUCAACUGUUCUUCAUGAAGGGCGAAAGAUGGCGGCAUUUGCGCAACAAACUGAGCCCCUUAUUCACCAGUGGAAAGCUUAAGAAUAUGUUUCAGACGCUGAACGAGUGCGGCACCGAGAUGGUGGAUGUGCUGUCCGAAGCGGCGCAGCAGUGCAGCGUCAUCGAGUUCCGGGAGGCGUGCGCGCUCUACACGACCGAGGUGAUCGGCUCGCUGGCCUUCGGCGUCAAGCUGAACUGCCAGCGGAACCCCGACUGCGACUUCCGUCGCUGGGCGCGAGCGCUCUUCCGCCCACAGCCACCUCAGAUCGAGCGAACCCUUAUGGAGACAUUUGCCCCGCACAUCUGGAAACUCCUCACAUACAAAGCAGGUAGGAGGGACGUUUUCAAAUACUUCGAUGACAUGGCAAAGGAAACGCUACAGCAGCGCCUGACGAGUGGUACAAAAAGAAACGACUUCAUGGACCUGUUCACUCAACUACACACCAAGGGCUCCGUCGACGGGGAGAAGAAUGGAGGCGAGGGAUGGAAACUGACGGAGGACGAAGUGGCAGCACAGGCCUUCCUGUUCUACACCGCCGGCUUCGAGACGUCGUCGACAACGAUGAGCUUCGCCAUUUACGAGCUGGCAGUCAACCCGGACAUCCAAGAGCAUGCGCAGAAUGAGAUAGACUCCGUACUCGCCGAGAGUGGAGCCGUCACGUACGACGCUCUCAGCAAGAUGAAGUACCUGGACAAAGUCUUGGCAGAGACGCUGAGGAAGUACCCACCACUGACUACUAUCAACCGGGAGACCCUGCGGCCGUACCGGCUGCCGAGCGCAGACGGCAGCGGCGACACAGCUGUGAUCCUCGACCGCGGCAUCAUCGUCGUCAUCCCUGUGCACAGCAUACACCACGACCCUGUCCACUAUCCCAACCCCGAGCGGUUCGAUCCCGAACGCUUCUCAGACGAGGCCAAAGCUUCACGACAUCCCUUCGUCUACCUGCCGUUCGGCGAGGGACCACGUUUCUGCAUAGGCAUGCGACUGGGGCUGCUCCAGGCGAAGCUGGGACUUGUGCACCUGCUGUCUAACUACACGGUGGACGUGAGCAGCGAAACGGACAUCCCGCUGGUCUUGGACCCGUAUACACCAGUGCUGUCCGCGCAGAACGGGAUCCGCCUGUGCAUCUCCAAGCGCAAACCUCCACGAACAGCGCAGUGAGGCCGCGAAUCCGUCAGCGGACUUACAAACUUUCGAUCUACAUUUCCAACUGAAACCUGUAUAUUUAUUUAUAUAUAACGUAAUCUUUUUAUGUUAAUUAUAUUUUUAUAUAUUAAUUUUGUGUUUAAUGCAGUAACGUAAUAUUUACACUAGCCUUACGUGGCAUAACAAAUAAAAAUUUUCAUUUCAAAAUACCCUAAGUGUUUUAUUUUACACGAGAUCAAAACCUAAAGAAAGGCUGUACUCGGAAAUCUUACUUCAAAGGCAUUUUUUCAGCGUUUUUGAGAAUUGCGUCGUGCUGGCGAAGGAAACUAACGUCUGACUAAUCCUCAAAUUUUACAAAUACACUCUUUAAGGUCCCCUUCUUAAUCAUUUGUGUAUUACAACGUACAGGGUGAUUUUCCGAUUCCGAAGGACUCUUGCUUGUGGACAUCAUGCUAAGUGGAACCACCAUAAAUUCUGAUGCACAUGUGACGACACUGAAGAAACUUCAAACUCGACUGAGUCGUGUUCGACUACAUCGGCAAAAGCAGGAUGUUUUGCUGUUGCACGACAAUGCACGGCCACUUGUCAGUCAAAAAACCAUGGAAGCGAUCACAAAACUCGGAUGGACAACACUGAAACACCCGCCUGACAGUCCUGAAUUGGCUCCAUGUGACUAUCAUCUCUUUGGGAAACUGAAAGACUCUCUUUGUGGAACAAGGUUUGAAGAUGAUGACUCCCUUGUGCACGCUGCCAAACAGUGGCUCCAACAGGUUGGUCCUGAAUUUUAUCACAUGGGUAUACUGGCGCUGGUUCCAAGAUGGUGUAAGGCAGUUGAGAAGGAUGGAAAUUAUGUUGAGAAAUGAAAAUAUUGUUCCCAAAGAAUGUAUCUACAUACUGUAAAACUUUGAAACAUGUAAAAUAAGAGAUGGAUUUAAAAAAAA